AUGUCAGAGCUUCGUAAGAAAUGGUUUGCCGAAUCAAAAGUUACAACACCUGUAGCAUCUGCAACUAAUAAUCAAAUGUCUUUCCCUUGGGGUAUAAAUAAUUAUGAAAAAUCAAAAACUGGUUCAAACAAUGAAGAAAAACAAAAUGAAGCAGGAUAUUCAAAUAAUCCAAGUUUACACUUUAAUUUUUCCUUGAGUAAUACCUGGUCUGAACAGCGUCAAGAUAUUAGUCGUUUACUUCUUAAACGUAAACUCAACACUACAUUUGUUGCUUUGUCGGCUUCCCAAGAUUUGACUCAAGUCAUUAUAGCUGGACGUGAUGCAUUGAAGAUUUUACGAAUACCAGACUGGUCAAUUAUUGAUGAGAAUCAUUUAAGAGUUAAAACAAAUAAUCGAUAUAGCAUAUGUGAUGUGAAAUGGGGAAAUAAUGAAUUAAGUGAACAUCGACGUGCUGUUAAUCGAAUAUGCUUUAAUCCAUCUCAAGGAUCAAUGCUUUUAAGUGCUUCACAUGAUGGAACAAUGAAAUUAUGGGACCUUAGAGAUCCAACAUUGGCAAAAUUUACAUUUGAAGGAAAAUCUGAGGGUGUUCGUGAUGCACAGUUUAAUGCUUUAUAUCAAUAUGAUAUUGCUGCUGCUUUUGAAAAUGGAACCAUUCAGAAAUGGGAUAUUAGAAAACCGAAUGUAUGUGAAAGAAAAUUUAAUGCACAUGUUGGAUCAGUUCUUGCUAUUGAUUGGCAUUCUGAAGGGAGAAUAUUAGCAAGUGGUGGUCGUGAUAAAGCUAUUAAAAUAUGGGAUAUGAGUCAAGAUAUUAGAAAAGCAAGGGAUGUUAUUCAAAGUAUGGCCGGUAUAACACGUGUUCAAUGGCGUCCCGAUCAUCCUGAUGAAAUUGCAUCAUGUGCAAUGAUGAGUGAUAAUCGAAUUUUUGUAUGGAAUUUGAAAAGGCCAUAUGUAUCGAGUUAUUUCUUUGAAGAACAUCGAGAUGUGCCAACGGAUAAAUGUUUUAUUCAACAAGACAUUAAAAUUUCUUGUCAGACUUUAGGUCUGCUAAGCAAAAGUGGAAUGGGUUGGAGUGUAUAUGAUAAUAUUGCAUUUGCUAUUGAUAACUCCAACGAAAUGUCCGAAGACCAGCAAGUAUUCUGUGUAAAUAAAUCAUCCAGAUCGUUACCUUAUUCAAAUCGUAGAACACAAAGAAGGAUUCCUAACUUUGAGGCUAACGUAUUAUGUCAGCAAAAAACUGGUGUAGCUUCACUUCCCACAUUCGAUCACAAAUCGUUUUCAUAUCUCGCUGAAAAUUAUAAAAUAUCCGAUCCUGAUAUAUGGACUGCAUGUGAACAUAAUUCUAAAGUUGCAUGGGAAGCACAACGGUUUAGAACUGCACAAACUUGGAAAAUUGUGCAACUUUUAUAUACGAAAGAAGCAAAUGAUACAACCAAAUCAGAGAAUACACCAAAUGAAAAUGAAAAUGUUGAUAAUUUUAUUAAGAAAUCGGGUAGACCAAAUGAUUUAACCGAACCGAGUUCUGAUACCGUUAUAGAUGAUGUUGAAUCAUCUGAUGAAACUGAAGAUUCUUGUGAUGAUGAACCUCAUCCGAAAAAAUAUUCAAUAAGUUCGAACGAUUUACCUAAGAAUACUAACCAAGUUGUUCAGCUAGAAUUUAAACCUUUGGUGCGGACAUCAUGGAAUAAAGAACCAAUGAUGACUCGACUUUUGGACUACUAUUCUGAGCAGGAAUGGUUUGCUACAAACGAACAUUGUCCUACGGGAUGUGGACAUCUCUGUUCACCUAAAAAUUAUCGAACUUAA